CAAUAUAUAUUCAUAGAUGGAGAUAGAACAAGGAAGAGAUCAAAGACUGUAUGAUGCUGCAAAGGAAGGCAAUGUUGCCUCUUUGAAUAGGCUAAUCCAAGAGGACCCUCUCAUACUAGAUCCAUACACCAUCCAUACUUUUAGCGAAACCCCUUUACACCUGGCUUCUAUGUUUGGGCACUUGAACUUCGUCAAAUUGAUCCUAGCUCUCAAGCCUGAGUUGGCUAAGGAGCUUGAUUCGCGAAGCUUGACACCUCUCCACCUUGCAUCAGCCAAAGGGUACGUAGAGAUCGUUAAAUCUUUGCUACAAGUAAACAAAAACAUGUGUUUUGCACUUGAUCAGAACGGGAUGAACCCGUUACACUUGGCAGCAACAAAGGGUCGUGUUGAUGUUCUAAGAGAGCUCGUUGAGGCUGAACCGGAGGCAGCUAUGGUCAAACUAGAUGGGGGAGAUACAAUCUUGCAUCUUUGUGUGGAGAAUAACAAGAUCGAGACUUUGGAAAUGUUGGUGCAAAGGGUUGGGGAUAAAGAGUUUUUGAAUUCAUUUGAUGCUCAUGGUAAUACUAUUCUACAUUUGGCUGUGGCUAAUAAGCAACUUGAGAUUGUUAGAUUUUUGGUUGGUAACACCAAUAUAGAGGUUAUCUCACAAAACUCAAUGGGCCUCACACCAAUUGAUAUUUUAUCUCAUAGUAGAAGACAUGUCAACGACUUGGGCAUUUUCGAGUCUCUCCAAUCUCGGAGAGCAGAAAACAAUCAAGUUAUUGCUCCCCAUAAUUCCCGGCUUCGGAUUAGAUCAACAAACUUAGGAAGGAAAGACAUGAAACCUCGUAAACCAAGUGACUUAAUGUUGUCUAAGAAACAGAUAAAACGAGAAUGGGUGGAAAGAAAAAAGAACUCUUUAAUGGUGGUGGCCUCUCUAAUUGCGACAAUGGGUUUCCAAGCUGGAAUAUACCCUCCUGGCGGUGUUUGGCAAGACGACACGAAUGGGCACAUUGCGGGAUUAUCCAUACUGAAUGACAAAAGCAAGAAUGGUUAUAAGGUAUUUUUGAUAUCGAAUACAAUAGGAUUCACAUCAUCUCUGAGUGUGAUAUUCAUGUUGAUAAGUGGAUUACCCUUUCGGAAUAAAUUAAUCAUGUGGCUACUCAUGAUGAUCUUAUGGGUGGCAAUUACAGCCACUGGUUUUACAUACAUGGUGGCGUUGUUUUUCUACACCAAUAAAGACAAAAAUAUUCUACAUUUUAACACCAAAGACAACAAUGAUGUUGGAGAUAUUCUAGUAUUUGCAGUGAUUCUUUGGUUGGGGUUGAUGACCAUUCUUUUCCUCGCGCAUACAAUUCGCUUAACUUACAUUGUAAUCAAGAAGUUUGUUCGCUUCAUAUUGGCUAUGUCGCGGAGACUAACAGUUAGGAAUAAAUACGAGGAGAUGAAUGAUCACAGAGUGAUUCAACUUUGAUAUAUAUCUUUCAUCUAACUAUAUGAUGAGUGUUCAAAUUAUUUGAUCAACUUGUUAUAUUAAGUUGAUGUUUUAUUUUACAAUGUAUAUGUUACUGUCCAAUGUCACAAAACAAAUUAUUGUGUUUGAGUGUGUACUUGAGAUAUUUAUACU